AUGGAUUUGUGGGAGUCCAGCGAGGCUCAGCUUCCAGAUUCAUCGCCUGAGAAAAGGCUGGAUGAGCCAAAUCAACAAGAGGGUGGCUGGCCUCUUCCAUCAGCCGCCGUUCCUCCGGCUGGCCCCAUCUUAUCAGUUCCCUCGCCCAUUGCCACACCAGGAGGGCCAUCGAGGCAAGACGGUCUAUUGAUAAAAUCAGAAGACCCCAAACCUUUGAGUCCAGCUUCCACUCCUUCAGACAACCAAACACAAGCGAUUCAAUCCAACGGAGAGUCUGAAGAUCUCAACCCAUACCUUCCUGUCGGCGUUUUAUGGAGGAACUUUGAUCCCGAAGUAACAUAUCCGCAGACGGAGAUUGCCCUCUUGGAAACCCAUCGCUGGGUCCGUACAGAGGUCUUUGAUGGAAGUAAUCAUGUCCGAGUCUAUGUUGACUACAAAAUGACUAGCCGGAGCAAUACUCAGCGGUCGAUCACAAAGCUACGAAUGGCUUUGAAAGCCGUCAUGUCCAGGAUUGACAGGUCACGUCACGCAUGGUGCGGCUAUCGCGUUGAGAACAGCUCCAAUGGGAUCAAAUCGAAUAGCACCGAGGAUGAUUCUCUUUGGUACAUAUUCAAUACAUUGCAGGACCCUUGUCCCCAAGUGGAGAACAUGCAUGACCACUGGGCACGGCAUGCCAUGGAGCAACUGUUGUCAGAAGAUCAUUUUGCCGAUUUAGGUCUCAAGACCAAACUCUACCCAUAUCAGCGACGCUCCGCUGCAACAAUGGUGCAACGGGAGGCUCAGCCAGCGCGCAUGCUCGAUCCACGACUACAAGCAUAUCGGACUCCGACUGAGCGUGAGUAUUAUUAUGACAAGGAGGACGCAUACAUUACUCUUGAUGCAGGGUAUUACUCUGAGGCUUGUGGAGGCAUUCUUGCGGAGACUAUGGGCUGCGGUAAGACUCUCAUCUGUCUUGCCGUCAUAUGUGCCACUCUUGGUCACUCUCCAAAGAUCCCACCGGAAUACGUGUCGACGUCGGAAAAGCCAGACCUGGUUCCGAUUAGACAGAAAACCGGUUCCUUGAUGGAUAUGGCGGCUGCUGCUGCAGAGAGGCAUUACGAGCCGUGGAGAAACUUUUUCCGUGGGUUACAACGAGAGGGUCGACAUUAUGAGCGAUGUGUCAAGGCAUGCGAGGCACAUCGAGGGUCCUAUGAGAUCCCUCAGCACCAGACCAGGUAUCAGGGUAGACUUAGCCAGUCCUAUGCCAGACCUCCAGCCAAACGGGUUCGCAUCUGCUCCGGAACUAUCAUUGUCGUGCCAAACAACUUGCUUGAUCACUGGCAACGCGAGAUCAAAACACAUACCGAAUGGUUGAAGGUUCUAGUCUUGGGUCAAGGAUCUGGUCAGACACCACGAUCCGAUGAUUUGCUCCGUUACGACAUCAUUUUAUUUGCUAAGACACGCUUUGAGCGGGAGGCUGGCACGCCCGUUCAUAAUCGGACUGCCAAGUCCGUGCCGGUCAAUUCACCUCUAACGGAACUUCACUGGCUGCGAGUCAUUGUAGAUGAGGGCCACAACGUCGCGGGCCAUGGCUCGAAUAUGAUUCACAUGCUCAGUCAGCUGCAUUUUGAGCGUCGGUGGGUCAUCUCGGGAACUCCAUCAACGGGACUCUACGGGGUGGAAGUCAGUCUGGCGUCGCAAGAAGCAAAUACCAGCGAUACCGAGUCUCCUGCGGAGAUCACCGCUGCUGCUCUGCGUAGUCGAAAGAAGACGGGCAAUGCGGUGAAUAAUGAGAUGAAAGAUCUGGACAAGCUUAGGCUUGUCGUGAUUAAUUUUCUGGAUUUGAAGCCUUGGUCUAACUCUCGUGCCGAUGACUUUGCAGAUUGGUCCAAGUAUAUCAAGCCCAUCGGGGAAAAUGGUCAGCGUCGUAAGACUCCUGCGAUUCGAGCCACUCUGCAGGGUCUAGUUGUGCGGCAUCAAUUGGACGUUGUGAACAGGGAAAUUUACAUUCCAAAACUCUACAACACCGUUGUCUAUCUCACACCGACUUUCCACGACCGGUUGUCCAUCAAUUUGUUCCUCUUCGGUAUUGCCGUCAAUGCGAUUACUUCCGAACGUCAAGGGCCUGAUUAUAUCUUUGACCCAAGCAAUCGGAAGCACUUGAAUCAAACAAUCAAUAACUUGCGACAGGCAGGAUUCUGGUGGGCCGGCUCCGAUGUCAAUCCACAAGAUUCCAUCGAGCAUGCGCUGAAAUACAUGGAGAAGAAUCGGGAAAAGAUGACAGCCGAGGACAUUGAACAAUUGAACCGCGGAAUAGAGAUUGCGCGUACAGCAUUGGAUUCUGGUAGCUGGCGCGAGUUCAAACACCUCCAUGAACUUGGUGUCUACCUCAGGUACUUUCCCAAAGGCCAUCGUGCUCACUGGGCGCUCGAUCAGAGUAGCGCAGAGAAGGAGCCUAUGCUCAUCGGCAUCACGCAAUCUCGUCGAGCCCAGCAGUAUGUCACGCAACAUCUCAAAUCCUCGGAUCCAACGCAAGGUCUUGCUGGCGCCGGCAUCAAAGCCCGCCACGAACUUGAGCGCCGUGACCAGCAUAACGCUCCAAAGGGUGCCCCGGAAUCAGCAAGCAAUGCAACUCCGGGCUCAUUACACCAUUCUACGAAGCCACAAAGCAACAAGUCGCCGAAGAAGACCUUUACGCACAAUCUCUUCCGCUCACUUCCAGCAACGUCCCCUCUCCAAGAAACGCGAUUCGUCGGCACCGCUUCGGCAAAACUGACGUAUCUCCUGAACAAAGUCCUCGAGUUCCAGACUACAGAGAAAAUAAUCAUCUUCUACGACAACAACAAUACCGCCUUCUGGAUCGCCGAAGGCCUCGAACUUCUCGGUGUCGAGUUUCGCAUCUAUGCCAGCACUUUGAAACCCGAGUUGCGGACAGAGUACCUGAAGCUAUUCCGUGAAGCCGAGGACGUGCGCGUACUACUCAUGGAUCUCCGCCAAGCCUCGCAUGGUCUACACAUUGCACAGGCAUCACGGAUCUACAUCGUGAACCCAAUUUGGCAGCCAAACGUGGAAAGUCAGGCCAUCAAGCGUGCGCAUCGUAUCGGACAGACCAGGCCUGUCUACGUGGAAACGCUAGUUCUAUGGGAUACGCUUGAGGAUCGGAUGUUAAAGCGACGCAAAGAAAUGUCGGAAGCAGAGAUUCAACAUGCGGAGAAGAGUUUACUGGAUGAUGGAACGAUGAGUGGGAUCGUGCAGAGAGAACCAUUCUUGGAUAUGGGCUUGGAAGAAGACACCGCCAUCGCGUUCUUAGGAACGCCGACUGGCUUCUUUGAUCGGCAUCGGCUGCCGAUUCCGGAUGAUGAGAAUCCUGAUGUGGUCAGUCCGACGAAGAACAGGGGCAGGCGUAUCUCUCGCGCAAAGGACUCUGAUGCGGAUGAUGACACCGCAGUGGAAGGGAGUUCAAUGCCAUUGCGGAAGAAACUGCGCGUCGGCUUUGCUUCUAGCGAGGAGAUCUCACCUAGCAAUGGGGAACACGCUGGUCCGAGCCAGUCGCAAACAAAGCGUAUCCUUUUCGCCGAACCGACUACUUCCACCAAUACCACGGAGACCCCUGCACCCACAAGACCACGCAUCGGCUUCGCUCCCGGCGUGGAAAUUUUCAACAAUGAUGAUACCCCGGGAUCAACAACUCCAUCCGACCUGUCAACCCCCCGGCCAGCAUUGCCCUACAAUGAAGAAGACGUGGGUCAGUGGCAGGUGUCACUAUUUGAUUCAUGA